AUGGCUGAGCGAAAGGAAAUCACGUAUGCUUUCGACACUGUCGAUGAUUGGCAGGCCUCUCAAAAGGCGUCAGAAGAGCUUGUGAAAGAGGACACUGGGGCCGAAAAUUGGAGGAGCACUAGAACUAUGCCUCCUACAUACUAUCCCCCACCAAUGACUCAACAGGCGAUUGACAAGCUCAAGGAAUUCAAGGGCGCCGUUGUGAAUGAUCUUUCCGAGAAACAAAAUUAG